AUGCGAAAACGGAAAACAUCGUGUAAUGCCAAAGUAGCUAGUGAAUUAGAAGUAUUACAGAAACCAGAGAGAUUAAUUACACGUUAUUUCCAAGAAGCUAGGCACACUGAAGAAAUUAUUGGGGCCAAAGAAGAAAGUGAAGAAAAAGAAGUAUGGAAGAAAUAUGCGAAAGAUCGUAUGAAAACAGUUUCUGUAGCGUUAGUAUUUUGUCUUCAUAUUGGAAUUGAUCCCCCUGAUAUGGGCCCUAAACCUGAGAACCAUGCUCGCUUAGAGGGAUGGAUUGAUCCUUUUGCAUGCCAUCCUUCCCGUGCUAUCGUAAAAAUCACACAGUCUGUUCAGAAAAGCUAUGAACGAUGGCAGCCACGAGCUAGAUACAAAGUAGCUUCUGAUCCUACAGCAGAGGAUGUCAGAAAACUUUGCUUGAGCAUGCGAAGAAACGCGAAAGACGAACGCGUUCUUUUCCAUUACAAUGGCCACGGUGUGCCAAAGCCAACCCCAAGUGGAGAAAUUUGGGUUUUUAAUAAAACAUUCACUCAGUAUAUUCCUCUCUCAAUAUUCGACUUACAAGCCUGGAUGGAAUGGCCUACUAUUUAUGUUUGGGACUGUUCUUCUGCGGAAACUAUCAUUAAUUCUUUUAAUCGUUUCACAGAGGAUCACGAUAAAGAGUGGUUCAAAGAGUUUCAAAACCAUCAAGAAUCUACCGGCCAUCCAUUACCCGUCAUAACCUCAAACAUGGAUGUUGAGGAACAAGCUGCAGCUUUAAGGUUCAAGAAGAGACCGAAAUAUCAGAAUUGUAUUCAACUGGCUGCUUGUCGUGUCAAUGAACGACUUCCGAUGACCCCCGGCUUACCAGCAGAUUUGUUCACCUCUUGUCUCACAACUCCCAUACAAACUAGUCUCUUGUGGUAUAUAAUUCGGACAGGUCGAAGGCAAGAUUUUUCCAAUAAGUUCAUAGAAGAAAUCCCGGGAACUAUAGGAGAUAGAAAAACUCUCUUAGGUGAAUUAAACUGGAUUUUCACAGCUAUCACUGACACAAUAGCUUGGAGCACUCUCCCCAAAGAGGACUUUCAACGUUUGUUCAGACAAGAUUUGCUGCUGGCUUCACUUUUCCGAAGUUUUAUCUUGGCGGAAAAGAUUAUGGGGGAGAACGGUUGUGGAGUUGUGUCAUCUCCUGCUCUCCCAUCUACCUCAGACCACCCACUUUGGGAAUCCUGGGAAUAUAUUCUCGACCUUACUGUUAAUCAUAUGUAUAACCGAUUAGUUCUUUCAAGAGUGGAAAAUGUUCACAAAGUCGGGGGUAAAGCUUCUGACCUUAUAUUCGCCGGAAGCCUGUUUGUUCCCCUUGAUAGUCUGACUGAUUAUUCUGCUUUACUGGAUGAAGCUAUCGAAACACAGCACAACUGGUUCUUUGUGGAACAACUUAGAGCCUUCGAGGUAUGGCUGGACUAUGGCUCAGAACGCCACAAACCACCAAUGCAGUUACCAAUUGUUUUACAAGUUCUUCUGAGUCAGGCUCAUAGAUUACGAGCACUAGAAUUGUUAAGUAGAUUUCUUGAUCUUGGGCAGUGGGCUGUAGUUCAUGCGUUGUCUGUUGGUAUUUUCCCAUAUGUACAAAAGCUCUUGCAAAGUCAUUCGAGAGAGCUUAGACAAUGGCUAGGCUUCAUAUGGGCCAAGAUUUUGGCUGUUGAUCCAAGCUGUCAAACGGAGUUGUUUAAAGAAAAUGGAGAUGAGCGAAUUGAUAACCAUAAACCGAAAGCUCCACUUAGGUAUUACUAUUUCAUUCAAAUUAUGAACGACCCUGAAACCACAACCCGACAAAAAAUAGUCCCAGCGUUUAUUUUGGCUAUGCUUUUCCACAAUAAUUAUAGAACUGCUCAAGAGAAUUUGACCGAGAAAGGCUAUGUGAAUCUAUGCACUGAGCUACUAGGAGAGUGUAAGAAGGAGCAAUGUCGGCUUUUGAAGCUAUGGAUACUGAUCGGUUUGGGUCGGUUGUGGGCAGAUUUUAACGAAGCUAGAUGGCAAGCAAUUCGUCUUGGGGCAUAUAAUAAGGUCGUGGAAGAAUUAGAGGAUGUUACUCCUGAUGUCCGUGCAGCAGCUGUUUAUGCAUUAGGGUGUCUUAUUAAAAAUAGUUCCCAAGAUAAUGAGCAUGCUUCAACAGUUGAUCAAGAACUGUGUGAUGAGUUGUGUCAAAAAUGUACAUUAGACGGCUCAGUUUUAGUUCGCGUAGAGCUCGUAGUUGCGAUUCAGUGGUUUGUAAUGGAUUUUGAACAAAGAUUCGCUGCUAUGCUCCUUAAUAUCGCGGAACCACUAAACAUUGAUUUAAGAACACGAGACAUGAAUCCUCAUCGUGAUCUACAAGACAUAGCUUCUUUUGUGAAGUACAAUUCCGUCGAAGUAGAUCCUGGUAGAAUGACUAUUUGGCAGAAGAGAAAUGAGCUUCUUUUUGAAGAAGUUAUAUUAGAAGAAAUCGAAGCGAACGAUGAUCCGGAUAACAGACGCUUUGGUAUCAAUGACUGGCUAAGGUAUCGAUGCUUGAGACAAAUCAGGUAUCUUGAAACAAAGAAUUUUUAUGAGCCUUUGGAGAAAAUAUGGCUUUCUUUGUUGAGAUUGGCUGUUGACCCUUCAUUACGAGUGGCUAACAUGGCUCAAGUUCUAGUUCGUAAAAUAGAAUCUGCAGCUGUGGAUAGAAUUAAUAAAGUAGAUACGCAAGUUACGAACAUUAUUUCGAAAAAUGAAAAUGAUCAUCCAAUGGUCGCUGAAGCCAAAAAUGUUGUAUUCGAAGUUGGAAGUCCUACGGCCAGUCUUGUUAGAGACUCAUGUGAUACUCCACUUGCCCCUCCUCAAAGAAAAACUUCAGCUGCUGGUACACCUAAGCAUAAAACACGUAUGGCUAAGGAAGAUCUUCUCAGUAUGGUUCGUCCUUCGCAAAGCUUCACUCCCAAGCGUGUGACUACUGGGCGACUAGACUGGACUGCUCGAGAUAAAAAAAGUGCAAGUAGCCAAGAACCUCUCGUUCAAUCUGAUUUUGUUGAUUGGUGCAGUAGAGUUUUCGUCGAGCCAAUUCUAGACUUUGUUCAGUCCAAUGAAUGUGAAGAUUAUGAAGCUGACCGUCUUCUAAUUCGCGUGAAUCCUACUGACUGGGCAUACCACACAAAAGAAGGGCUUGAACAAGUGGCGAUAGAAGAGUUCAAGAAACCAGGGCCAUGCGACACUUCUUUGGGUACUCUGGCCAUUAAGCGGGUUCGACAGCUUGUCAUGUCUUCUUUGAGAAAAAUUAUUUAUUGCUCUGAUGGCCGUAAUGUCUCUUUAGCUCGCUACGACGGUUCAAACAUUUCGGUAAUUCGUAAAUUCGCUUUUGAUGGCGGUAAUAGUUUUGGAAGAGAUACAAUCACUUCAUUACUAGUAAUUAACGAUAUGUCUAGAGAAAUGUUGUUAUGUGGUUCAGAUCGGGGUGUACUUAGAAUUUGGGAUCCCAUGUUCAACAUUCACUCACACGAUUUGGAAGCUCAACCACACUUUGUUACUUCUAGUCCUAUACUCCGAGAUCAAAUAAGGAAUAUGGUCGACAAACAUGAGAAGUUUUUCUGUAGAUAUGAUUGGUGCCAAGAUCAGGGACGGGUUGUCGCUAGUGGAAAUAUGAAAGUUGUUCGAAUUUGGGAUGCACAGUACGAGAAAACAAUACAAGAUGUGAUUGUUGAUUCAAAAUGUGGAUCUGUGAAAGCUCUUAGUGCUGACUUAGGUCACAGUGAUCUCAUCGCUGUAGGCUUUUCGAAAGGUCCUGUAGAUGUUCACGAUUUGCGUCUACCGUCUCGAUCUUCUCGAAUUAUGCGUUAUGAAGACACCACUAGUCCUGUAGUUCACUGCACUGUUCGAUCUAAGCUAGAUUCUAGCUGUUUGAUGCUUUGCGCUUCGGAAGCCGGAGAAGUUGCUACGUUUGACGUCAGAAUGUUUGUUGACCCAAUCAGAGAGUUGAAAAUUGAUGUAGAUAGAGUUAUUAACGCAGAUGUUCAUCAGAAUUCUCAGAUGUUUGGUCUUAUAUGUAAAAAUGGUAAUCGCACUGAAGGAAAGCUUUUUGAUAUAAAAGGGUCCCCUAUGGGUGUAGUAAAUUCAUAUCCACCUAAUAAUUUGUUCUGCAAUGCAUCGGUGUUAUCUUUUCAUAAAAUGAGAUGUCUGGUCGCGAUAGCUGAUGAGAAUUCCGUAUCCUUGUACGGUAAGAAAGCUAUGAAAAUAUAA